AUGAUUGAAGAAAAUUUAAAAAAUAAAGUAGAAAACAUGUAAAGACUAAUCAAAGUUGAUUUAGAAUUGGUUGAAGAACUUUUGAAUGAACUACAUAAAUUAAAGUCAAAUAUUAUGUAAUAAGUUGAUGAAUUGAUCUCUACUUCGAGAGAGUGGAUCAAUAAUCUUAUUGAUUUUAAGUAACAUAAUUCAAAAUAUAGCUUCUUUGAUGAAUUAGAUACAAUAAUUAAUGGUACAAUAGAAAAUAGUAGUUAAGACUUAAUUAUUUAAUAAAUAACAACACUUAAUCAUUCACUUUGUAAGAAAAUUGAUUUGAAAAUAUUGGCUCUUAGGAAAUAAGAGUUAUACUCAUAAUGUGACAAAAUUCUAAUCAAUUUAAAUCUAAUCCAUAAUAUGAAAUUAAUUGAUAAUUCAAAUAAGUAAAACGAGAAUUGCUUUUCAAUUUCUUUUAAUUAAUCUGGGUCAAUCAUGAUAUCAGCCAAUAAUAGUGAUAUUAAUAUAUGGGAUUUUGAAAAAGGAAAAUUGAAUAAAAUUAAUAAAAUUAGUGGACAUACUCAAACGAUAUGUUGUCUUUAAUUUAGUCUUACUAGAAAUAGUUUUGUAUCUGCAGGUUUUGAUAAAUCUAUAAGAUGCUGGAAAUAGAUUAAUUAAAAAGAAUGGUAGAGUUCCUAACCCUAUUAGUAGCAUACUAAUUGUAUUGAUUGCUUAAUUUUUAAUUAAUCUGAAAAUUAGCUUGUUUCUGGAGGGCGAGAUAAUUAAAUAAAAGUUUGGAAAAUUGAUUUUGUUGAUAAUUAAUUAAAUUACCUUUAUUCUUUAGAGAAACAUUCAGGUUUUAUUUUUAGCUUAUGCUUUAAUUAAUCUGAAGAUACUUUGGUUUCUUGCGGGGGUGAGAAAUAAAUUAUAAUUUGGAAGAAAGACAGUGAACUAAAAUGGUAAUUUGGAUAUAUCGUUACAUAAUCAAUAAAAGAAGUUGGAUGCAGGUUAUGUUUUAUAAAUGAUUCCUAAUUUAUUUGGGUGACAGGAGAUUAAGUUAGUAAGGAUUGUAUUAGCUUUUUUGAAUUAAAAGAAUAAAGAUAUCAAGAGAAUUUAUAAAAGGAAGUAAAAUUAAUUCAAAAUGAUAAAUUAUCUGAUCUCACUUCAUUUCCAAUAUUUUAUGACAAAAAAAAGAAAUUGAUGAUUGUUAGGCACAAGCUUUAUGUUUACUUGAUCAAAAUAUCAAAUGAAGGCCAAUUAAAAUUAAUCACAUAGAUAAAAUAUGAAUCCAAUUCUAUCUAAGGAGCAUUAACUAAUGAUGGAAAGUAUUUAGUUACUUGGAAUAAGGAGGAACAGAAAUAUAAUACAUAUGAAUUAUAUAUUAAUUGA